AUGAGGAAAAAAAUCGUGAAAGCACCUUGUCUCCUCUUGAGUCUGUUCACAAGUUUGAAUCUCUGCUCUGCAAAAUUUGGGACACCCAUAACUGAUGAUGUGAGCAAGCUGUCAUUAUUGAAGCAAAAUAUUCCCUCUGAUUAUGAGAUCCCUGUUCAUUACAUUCCCAAAGAAGUGGCUGGCACGUGCUGGGUGGUGUUGAAUAUCUAUCCUUUGGAGCAGAGUCUUCGGAAGCUGGCCAACAUGUUUGGCACCAUAUCCUCCAACAAAGAAAAUAUAAUUGUCUUCAUUGCGAUGCUGAAGAGCUUACGGUUCACAUUUGACCACGAGGAACUAGAAACAGCGAUGCAAGUCUUCCAGUGUCACUAUCAGGAAGGAAGCUUAAUGUCUGGUCUUUACUUUGACUACAUCAGAGAUGUUUUGCAUGCUGCCACUCAAGGAAACCCCGGCUUCUCGUGCAAGCCGCCACCAUGCACUAAUCCACAGCAAACACCAGGGGGUCAAAAGGACGGUCGUGAAUACAGCUGGUCGAAGAGAACUCCUCUGUUUCUGACAUUCAUUCCCAUCAUAGCUUGUGUUGUUCUUAUCAUAUGGCUGUUCAAAUCUGGAAAGCGUUUACCAGUUUGCAGCACUGAAAAUAGCGAAAUGGCACCUUCUGACAUGGUCCCAACUGUGUCUAUCUCCAUCCCACUUCAAACACUCACCCACGCUGCUGAUGCUCAGCCAGCGAGGGAGGCGAUCCCUGAACACGAAAGUGGAUGA